AUGGCUUCGGUAGCGGCGCAGCGCUCGCAGGGGGUGGAAGACCACAUGAAGGCAGGGCCGUCGGUGGAUGUAGCGAUGGAUUACCUUCAUGCGGUGGAGAAAGAGCUGUCUAAGAACGAGUUCUCCGAAUUUCUGGAGACAAUCGAGGAGUUCAAGCAUCAAAAGAUCUCGACGCAACUGGUGGUGAAGCGAAUAAAGAAGAUCUUCUCGGGAAAGUCGAACGCGCUGAUCGUUGGGUUCAACUUGUUCCUUCCGGUGGAGCAUCAUAUCAAGACUGAGAAGUACUUGGUUGCGCUUGACCUGGUGAAGAAGAUCCGCGAUAGGUUCGAGCAGACUAAACCCGGCAUCAUGGAAAAGUUCGUCAGCAUCCUCGGAAAGUUCCAGGAGGACUCUUUGUCGUUAGAUGAAGCGAAGAAGCAGGUUAAGGUUCUCUUCCGAGGCCACCAUGACCUGCUGCAAGACUUUGACGACUUCCUUCCUCUGUCAGAGGACGAGGGCUCGCCGUCAGCGAGCAACUCGAGGAACCCGAAGGCAAAGGGCACGCACAAAGCCGAGGCAGUGAAGGCGGUCAAGGGGGAAGGGAGCUCGUGCGGAGCCAAGAGGAAGCUUGAAAACUUAGAUCAUUGCAAGAGCGCAACCGUGCCAGACAAGAAAUUGAAAGAUGUAGAUAACAGCAGCAAACAAACGAUACCCAGCAAUCUCAACAGAUUAUCCGACUCGAACAAGCGGCGGCUGACCAGCAUAAAUCGGCUACAGCAGAUGGCGACAGAGUAUCAUUCGCAGAAAGCAAGAAAGCAGCAAGAGCCCAGGAAACUUGCAAACGAAAACUCAAAGUCGUCGAUCCUCCUUGCUCUUGUGCCGUCCGUUGACGUCGAGCACAGGGCCUUGCAAGCCUUCAACUGCCGUCCCCUGAUACCCAUGAACGAACUGCUAGCGGUGAUCCCGACACAGACGAUCGGCAGAGUGCAAGCUGUGUUGAGGAACAUGCAGAUUUGUCACGCAGUGGUUUCUCAGAGCAACCAAGGGGUACAAGGAUGCAUCUUCUCCUUCGUUUCAAGAGGUUGA